AUGGCCGACUCACCUUUGUCGCCGUUCACGACCAGAACGCCAAGGGAGCUUCUCUGGCCAGGUCUCCUCACACUGGCUUCACUCUGGGUCAUAUACGUGAUUGUAUACAAGGCAUUCCUUCACCCGUUAAACAGGUUUCCAGGCCCCAAGAUCGCGAAGUUUACCAACGCUGCUCACUCGUGGUGGUAUCUGGGCGGACGACAGCCCUUCGACUUGCUGGAGCUUCACAAAAAAUACGGCCAUGUUGUGCGCACCGCCCCCAACGAGCUCUCGUUCAACUCGGCGCAGUCGUUCAAGGACAUCUACGGUUUCCGCCACGGCCACAAGCCCUUCAUCAAGGGCACCUUCUACGAGGGCGGCGUUUUCGCGGGUCGAGGUGUCACCUCCAUCGUGAGCGAGCGGGAUCCGGGCAAGCACGCGCAGAUGCGCAGGCUGCUCGCCCACGCCUUUUCCAACUCGUCGCUGAACGAGCAGGAGGAGUUGAUCAUCAGCAGUGUAGACCGCUUCAUCGAGCUGGUCAAGUCCAAGACCUGUCAGCAAGGGGAAGUGUUUGACAUCGGUAAGGGGUACGAGAGAAUGGCGUUCGACAUCAUAGGCGACUUGGCCUUUGGACAGACCUUCGGGGCGCUUGAAAACGAUGAACCCCAUCCUUGGAUUUCCACGCUUCUCGGAGCCCUCACGAAGGGGGCUUUGGCAGACACCUUCAAACGGUUCCCCGCAGCGGCGAGGGUCGUUGGACUGCUGUUGAAGAAACAGCUGACGAAGCUAUAUGCGGAUACGGCUCUGAACGAGCAGCUGGCCAUCGACCUGGUUAAAAAGCGUAUCGACAGCGACACCGUCCGCAAGGACUUCAUGACGCGCAUCCUCGAGCACCGCAGCCAGGACCGACACCGGGCCUCGGACCUGCAGCUGGCAGCUCACUCGUGGGACUUUGUCGCGGCGGGCAGCGAGACCACGUCGACGGCGCUUUCGUGCUGCACCUACUUCGCACUGCAGAAUCCGGACAUCAUGGCGACGCUCAAGGCCGAGAUACGCGGUGCCUUUGCCGACCCAUCCGCCAUUAACGACGCCUCGACCAAGACACUGCCGUACCUUAAUGCCGUCUGUCUCGAGGCCAUGCGCAUCUACCCGCCGCUGCCCAUUGCCCUGCCGCGUCUGGUACCCGAGGGCGGCGACACCGUCGAUGGACACUACCUGCCCGCUGGCAUCACCGUGACCACGAACCCCACGGCCGCAAGCCUCGAUCCAGCUAAUUUCGAGGAACCACUUACCUUCAAGCCCGACAGAUGGCUCGACUCAGCGGCGUCGGGCAAGGGGCGCGACAUCCUCGAAGCGAGCCAGCCCUUCUCCCUGGGCGCCAGGGGGUGCAUUGGGAAAAGUCUCGGAUGGAUGGAAAUGCGCACGACGUUGGCCAAGGUCAUCUGGACGUUCGACCUGGAGCUCGUAGAUCCGAGUAUGGAUUGGCUCAGAGACUCCCGCAUGCAGACGCUCUGGAUGAAACCUCCCUUGAGGAUCAGAGCUAAGCUGGCGAAAUGA